AAAGUGCGGCCGCGGACGCUCAGGCGGCGCCUCCCCCGCCGCGGCGGAUGAAAACAAGCGGCCGGGAUGGCGGCGCGGCGCGGGCCGCGGCUCUGAGGCGGCGAGGAGCCCCGCCGCCACCGCCUCUCCCCACGGGGGCCGGGCCGGAGGCAGCGGCCGGGGCCGGGCGCAGGGAGCGGCGCUGAGGAGCGGGGGCCCCGCGGGAUGAGCCGCCGGCACCGCCGCCCCCGCGCAGAUUGCCAUAUGCAAUGGACACUGAUCUCAGUUCCCAGGACAGGAAGGACCUGGACAAGUUCAUCAAAUUUUUUGCUCUAAAGACGGUACAAGUAAUUGUCCAGGCCCGACUUGGAGAGAAGAUCUGUACCCGAUCAUCAUCCUCCCCAACAGGCUCUGACUGGUUCAAUUUGGCCAUCAAAGAUAUACCAGAGGUUACCCAUGAAGCAAAGAAAGCCUUGGCAGGACAGCUGCCCGCUGUUGGACGGUCUAUGUGCGUGGAGAUUUCUCUCAAAACCUCAGAGGGGGAUUCCAUGGAGCUAGAAAUUUGGUGUCUAGAAAUGAAUGAAAAGUGUGACAAAGAAAUCAAAGUUUCAUACACCGUAUACAACAGGCUGUCUCUACUACUGAAGUCUUUGCUAGCUAUAACCAGGGUAACUCCAGCCUACAGGCUCUCAAGGAAACAAGGCCAUGAAUAUGUGAUACUGUACAGGAUAUAUUUUGGUGAAGUGCAACUGAGUGGCUUGGGAGAAGGUUUCCAAACAGUUCGUGUUGGGACAGUGGGUACCCCAGUUGGCACCAUCACUUUGUCUUGUGCCUACAGAAUCAACCUUGCUUUCAUGUCAACCAGGCAGUUUGAGAGGACCCCUCCUAUCAUGGGGAUUAUCAUUGAUCACUUUGUGGACCGUCCCUAUCCCAGCUCUUCGCCCAUGCACCCCUGCAAUUACAGAGCUGGUGAGGACAACGGUGCGGUAUACCCCUCAGUAGAAGAUUCCCAAGAAGUGUGUACCACAUCAUUCUCCACCUCUCCUCCAUCUCAGUGUGUUUUUACUGUCACAAAGGCACAUUUUCAGACCCCUCCUCCUGUCGUGACGGACACCUUGAAGGUCCCAGUGAUGGGACUGGCCUUUUCACAUCAACUUUCCAGCUCUCGUCUUUCCUAUCAGCCUGCUGCCCUGGGAGUUGGAUCAGCUGACAUGGGGUAUCCCGUAAUCUUUGCUGGUGGCUUGAAUGCUGCACACCCUCACCAGUUGAUUGGUCCAGGCAAAGAGGGGGGAGUUCCCCCAGUUCCUAGCCAGCCAGCACAUGGCACCCAAGCUGACCAAGAGCGGAUGUGCACCCCGCUAGAUGGAGUCCACUACUCAGCAGCUACUCCUUCCAGUAGUGAGGACACAGAAACAGUAUCAAACAGCAGCGAAGGGAAGUGUGGCUCCCCACAUGACCUUUUGGAGACCAUCUUUAUCCGGAAAGUGGGAGCUUUUGUCAACAAACCCAUUAACCAGGUGACCAUGGCCAACUUAGACAUUCCUUUUGCCAUGUUUGCUCCCAAGAAUGUUGAGCUGGAAGAUAACGACCCCAUGGUCAAUCCUCCUGACUCCCCAGAAACUGAAUCUCCUCUACAAGGCAGCUUACACUCAGAGGGCUCCAGUGGCAGCAGCACAGGGAACACCCAUGAUGACUUUGUUAUGAUUGACUUUAAACCAGCAUUUUCAAAAGACGACAUCCUUCCAAUGGACCUGGGGACAUUUUACCGUGAGUUUCAGAACCCCCCUCAACUCAGCAGCCUCUCCAUUGACAUAGGAGCUCAGUCCAUGGCAGAGGAUUUGGACUCAUUACCAGAGAAGUUGGCGGUCCAUGAGAAAAAUGUCAAAGAGUUUGAUGCCUUUGUAGAAACCUUGCAGUGAAGGUAUUUUGCAGUUUUACUGCAGCACUUUGUCUUCGAGGCAUCCUGGAGAACAAUGUCAACAGAUAUCUGUAUCACCCCUGUUCUGCCUUUUGUCUCACUUUGACUAUUUCCUUCCAUCAAGUGAGCUUUCUUUGAUUGCUCUUUCAACAGCUCACCUGCUGGUUUUCCUCCGCUACUCCACUGCAUAGUUAUGGACCGCUCUUCCUGUUCACGUUCAGUUUCGAAUUUAUGACCAGUAGGUACACAGGAAGUCAAACUCCAAUGUAUGAAACUCAUUUUCUCUUCGGUCUGUUCUGUGUGGAGGGGCUUUGUGAACACUUUCCAUAUGUUUCCUCCAAAGAUCCCAUGGUGUAAGUUCCCUCGACCUAGUUUCUUGCUAACAGACUGUUUUUCCUACAGUCUUCGAUCCUGUUAGAGCAUAGAAAGCUUUGGCUCACUUCCAAGGUCUGCGAGUUCAGCAGAUCAGCAGUUUUAAGUCCAGGACAUCCAUUCCGCAGAACGGGGCAUUUCGGCCUGACUUCAGUGUGAGCGCUUGGAGCCCAGGGAGAGACGUCGGCUUUGGGACCUGCGUAACGCAAGUUACCUUUGUUUUCCUGCUUCUAAGGAACUGGGUCUCUACACAGUCGUUUUGUGAGGCCUUCUGUUAUGCUCGCUGAUAAGCAGGAGUGGAACUACAGAAGUGCUUUCCACAUUUCCUUCCUAAGUGUACUGACACUCGGCCAUGCUGAGUUUACCAGUGUUGACUGUGUUGGCAAGCCUGCACGUAGCAGCUGUGAUGAUGCUGAAUUCAUAGUCUCUGCUUUUGAAAUGUAACUGUAAAUACUAGGAAUCCUAUUUCUUUAGGGUUAAUGUAAUUAGGAGUCUUAGUCCAAGAUUCUUUCCUCUAACCCGUGCAAACUUUUCUGCUUUAUGGUUAAUAGAUGAUCUUAAUCAAGAAAUAUUUAUUGCUUUUAAAGAAACCUAUAUUUAAAAGAUGUUGUUUUCAUGUAGUAGUGCGGGUCAUUCUGCCCUGGAUCACUGCAGAACAGCAUGUGUGCCAUGGAACCCUGUCCCGUGAGUCUCCUUUUGCAGGAAAAUAUCCAAGAUAUUUAUUUUCUAAGACAGACUUGAUUAAUAUAAUACUCUGUUUUGGGGACUAUGUUUCCAUUACACCCAGUCAGGGCCCACUGAUACAACGAAAUGCACACAUCAGUGUAGUGGAGUGGUGGGGACUUAGGUUAAAAAGCUGUAUUCUGAUAGGUAUGGAUGAAUUUGCAGCAUUCUUCAGCCAUUCAGAAGGCAGCUUCUAUAAAGAAGCACAUUUUUGGGAGCUUAUGGUACUUUUUAAUCAGCUGGCUUUCGAUGAGCUGAAAUUUUUAUUUUUGUAAUGAGCUGGCUAUUAGCAGUUGUGACUGGCUGGCAGCACUCGGGUUGAUUUGGCUGUUGUGUGUCUUUUGUCUGACAUGAGGAGGAGAAGAGAAACAGUGACACUAAGCAGAAACUUAGAUAAGGUAGGUCUUCUCGUGGUUCUUUCCUCCUCCCAUGUGUAACAAGCAAGCAAUUGCAAGACCCCUUGCUGUCCUAAUCUAUGUUUGUUUGUUUUUUUCCCUUUCUCCAGAAGUGAGGUUGUUCUGUCAGUACUGAGGAACCAUCUUAGUUUCCCUAGAGUGGUUAAGCAACCAGCCUUCAAGUUAGUGUGAUGUGGCAGCUUCUUCAACUUUGCUGCAUUCUUAAUUGACAGAGAUGAUUGCUGGCAGGUGACAGGGGGAAGCCCAUCUCCUCUCUAGAACACUAAUUCUGUGCCCCUGGUAGAGCAAGGAACCAAGUUCAGAGUAGAGCUUAUUGUAAGGUCAGAUCAAUGCAGUGCUUGAACUUCAUUGGCUUUUGUGUUAAGUGAUGUGUUCCUUCCCAUGAAGGUUGUGUGAGUUCUAAAAGUCCAGAUAAGAGCUGUACUGAAGGAGAAUUACCCACCCCGACUUACCCAGCUUACUCAACCAAUCCAACUUUUCAGUAGCCUCACAAAAGUAGACGCACAGACAUCUUAAAGUUUCUAAAUGGCUUAGUAGAGGACUUAAGUUACGUGGGAUUUAACAAAUACUUGAUCCCCACAGCCAGAGCCACCUUGUUUUACAGGUAGAAGAGGUAUCAGAAGAGUGCAGAACAUAAGGAACGAGGGUAUCGCCUGGUUCUCAGCUCUGCUCAGGAAGCUGGUCUCCAUCACCUUGUAGGGGUGGUCGCUGUCACCUUUCCCUUAACUUACAGGCAGCUUGAGCUGAGCUGCAAAGCAGCAGAGAGGGGGAAAAGUGCUGGUUCACGCUGUAUUCAGGGAGAAGCCUAGCACAGAUUGAACUUCAUCUAGCCAGUGCUACUGCUGUCCUCUCGUCACAAUGAAAAGCUAGGGAGGUGGCAGAAGGCAUGCCAUUCUGCUAAUCCUGCCCAGGAGGUCCCCUGAGCCACGUACUUGCUCUCGUUUAGCUGCAGUUCCUAACAUGGCUACAGCUCCCCCAUCUCGUUAGGCAGCACUUCAGUGGGGCAGUUCUUUUCUACUUCAGCAGGCUGGACAUUUGCCUAUAUAAGCUGCUAGUGUUGAGCUGGAUGGCCACAGCAAUAAAGAGAUGCUCUAGGGCUGAGUUAUGUGCCUCUCUUCUGGACAUUCCUCAGCUUCAACACAUAGUUGCUACAUCUAGGUAGGCUCUGAGUUCUCUGACCACUGUGUAAGUGCUCUGCUUCAAGAAAGAGCUAGAUGCUGCUGCAGCCUGCCACAGCUUAUGUUAUGGGGGCUGUUUAUUUUUGCAGAUGUCUGCUCAGUUCUGUGUUAAAGACAGCAUGUGUAUAGCUGCUGCUUUACAGAUACUUUGGGUGAAGGGGAAGGCUCCUAAAUUGUAUUGUUUUGGAAACAGUCUCCAAUGUACUUCAAGUAUUCAAAGAAUUUCCAAUAAAACUUUUAUGUAAGCAA